GAGGGAGCAAUGAACAACAGCGGCUCCGCCAACUUUCUUCUGGUGCCCAUCCCCGAGUACCCGGUGCUGGACUGCGUACCCAACAAGACGGUGAAGAUCGUGGUGUUGGGAGCCAGCAAUGUCGGGAAAACCGCUCUCAUCGUCCGGUUUCUCACCAAACGCUUCAUUGGAGACUACGAAGCCAACACCGGCGCGCUCUACUCCAGAAAAGUCACCCUAGAUGGCGAAGAGGUGUCGCUCCAGAUCCAGGACACGCCCUGCGUGGCCCUGCAGGAUGACGCCGAGGGACUCUACUGCCAGGAGCAGAUCAACAGGUCCAUCUACUGGGCUGACGGUUACGUGCUGGUUUUCUCCAUCACCGACCACAGCAGCUAUCGCACCAUCCAACCGCUUUACCAACACGUCAGACGCAUUCACCCGUCCGGAAACAUUCCCGUCAUACUGAUCGGCAACAAGAGCGACCUGCUUCGAGCCCGACAAGUUCCGGCGGAUGAAGGCGCGACGUUAGCAUCCUCGCUAGGAGGGCUUUACUUCGAGGCGUCUGCCAGGGAGAACCACGAAAGCGUCCACGCAGCCUUCCUCCAACUUUGUCACGAGGUAUCCCGGGCGUUGGGGGGAGGCAACGGGGAGAAACGGCGAGGAGGUCUCCACCUGGCUCGCCCCAAAUCGCCCAACAUGCAGGAGCUGAAGAGGAGGUUCAGGCAGGUCCUCUCCUCCAAGGUCAAAUCGGCAAGCACUCUCUGA